AGUCGGUACCAAGACAAAACCCAGACAGGACGUCGAUGAGUCCGUGAGCGUCCAUAGCAUUACAAGCGGGAGAAGCAGAUCUCCGCAUCAAACGGAACAGAGCGUCCUGUGCCUGAAACGCGAAGCAAAGUGUUGUGCUGCUGUGCCUGCGCAAAACGAGUUGAACAAACUUUUGCGCGCCUGGGUACGUAGAGCGUGCGGCGGCCGGUGAGCAUUACAUAAGCUAAAGUUUGAGCGCUUGCGGCCGAACAGGCGGCAGUGACUUGCGCGAGCGGUUAGAACGCGAACUGCGCGCACUGUUGCGGGAAGUGAAGCGACCGGAGCAUUGUUGUGAAGUCAGUGCAUGGCUGGUUCGGCUGUUGAUGAGUUUCGGUGCGAUGUUGAUGUGAUUGUGUUGAAGAGUGUUCGGCUGUGUUUGAAAUUCGGCAAAGCAGCGGUACCAAUAAAAAUCAAUCAACUGCAUACCUCCCGUCCCGUGUUCGGUGGUGCGGAAAAUUGCGAAUUAGAAGUUGUGGAAUUGUGAGAGCCAAGCAAGAAAACAGUUGGGAAACAGUGACAUAAGUGUGAAAAAGAGUUGGUGCAGUGAAGUACAGAGCAGAAUAUAUUUAGUGAUUGAAGCAUAAAGUGAAGAUGAAAUAGAAAAAAAAGAAACAAAUCAAACAAGAACGGACGUUCGCAGUCUCGUGGAGGGCGCGAGUGGAUUAGCACACAUUAGUGCGAUUUAACAGAAGGUGAGGUAGCAGAUCGACAGCAGCAGCAGCAGCAGCAGCAGUGGAAGGUGAGCCGGGAAUUUCUGGAUAGCUUGUCCGGUUCGGGAUAUUGCGACUUAAGUCGGCGCUGUCGUGAUCCCGAGGGAACGAACGUAGAAUUCAUCUGCGACUUGUUUGAAGGUGUAGUUAUUACUCUACCGCGCUCGACUCUCCUCCAUCCAACCUUGCGCCCGUCCCGUCCGUGUGCCCCGAGUGUAAGUGUGUGUUGUAGCAACCUGUUGUGUAUAUUGGUGAUCCUCUCUCGUGCUGAUCGGAAGUGAUCCAGCCGGGAACUUGCGGGAGCACUAUGAGCAAGGUGUUUGUGUCGUGUGUUUAGAAUCAGCGUCGCAUCCCACCUCUAGUGAGCUAUUGGCCCCUGUUAGCCCCUGAAGUACCCUUCCGUGUGAGCGGUGUUUAUGAGUUUGUGUGACUGGAAGUUUGUAUGACGUUCGCUGUGAGUUGUGCAACGUUCCAAAGCGGUGUGUUGAAGUGUUGUGCAAUACGUGGCUAGGCGCAAAAAAGUAUUAAGAGGAAGCGCAGUGUAAACGCUAGAACGCAAUUCGAAGGGAGCCCGUUGGGUGGGUUAUCGUUAUCAAACUAAGCCCAAGCAACCUUCAGCGCCUGUUUACUAGCGAUCUCGGUCAGCUGUGACCGGAUGGUUGGUGGAAGCGACUCGCCUGGCCAAUUAACAUGUGCAUCAUAAUUGCGCCCUGAAGGAUUUACCACGUGGAAGCACGGCACGGUGCGCUGAUAUCAUCAGUGACGAUUCACGAAUCAUCCUAAAGCCCACUAAACGGUCCCUUUGGUGCGGACAGUCGAAUGAAACCUUAUGGAAAUUAAAUACUAAGCAGCUAAUCAAAAUGUCUGGAGCGAAUCCCCCUCGAAGCGUUACGCCAAACGCGCAGCAGGACUACGAUGUUACGCGUAUGCGCGAGGAAGACUUCGAGCGGCUGGCGGUGUACAUCGUGCCGGACAUGCCCUGCGAGAAGGGUGUGCCCGGCCGGGCGGAGAAAACGCUCCCCCGCAGCCUGACGCUCAAGCCCUCCCUCGUCCUGUCGACGCCCACCUCCACGACUGAGGGCGUAUGGAGUACGGGUGUCAUCCCGCGCGGCACCCGGUUCGGCCCGUUCGAGGGCGUCCGCACACCGAGCCACCCGAGCGAUAAGCAGCUGUGGCGGUACUUCUGGAGGGUGCAGGAACUGCGACACGUUUCCUAUGGGAAUAUCAAGAUAUUCAAAGACAGUGAUUUCUACUAUCUCGACGGGUCGGAUACGGCCCAAUCGAACUGGAUGCGGUACGUCGCGUCCGCGUACAGCUUCUCCGUGAUGAAUCUGGUCGCCUGCCAGCACCAGGAGCACAUCUACUUCUACACGAUACGCGACAUCAUGCCGAACGAGGAGCUGAUGGUGUGGUACUGUCGCGACUUUGCCAAGCGGCUCGGCUACGACAUCGAUCCCGAGCGGGCGACCUACUCGAUCUGCCGCGAGGAGGUGGUGAAGAAGACGUACAAGCAGCCCGUCCCGCCGGAGAUCGCCUACAACCACGUGAAGCACGUGAUGGGCCUCUACCUGCCGGCGAUGGUGCGCAGUACGCCAACGCCCAGUCCCUCACCACCGGCGCCCGCAACCGUCGGUGGUCAUGUUCCUUCCGCGAAGCAUCACGCCCUGCACCAGACGGUACUGCGCGAGCCUCGCAAUAGCAGCUCGGCGGCGGCCGUCACCGGCGAUGAGUCCCUGCGGGACCGAUCGCCCAUCAGGAUAGUGAUCCGCGAGCAGAGCCCACUGUUGCGCGAAAGCGUCAAGGAGGUCGAUGCCGACUCUCCGAUCUCACAGACGAAAGAGACGGCGUACGAGCAUCAGCUGACGCCGAACGAUGGGUCGGUACGGUCGGACGAGGGCUACCACAGCCACGGGUACCACGAGGAUGGCUUCACGCCCCCGGAGGACUCGAGCGACAGCGAGAGCGAGCACAACUACGUGCUCGAUUGCUCGAAGAAAGCGAUCGAGCCGAAGGAGACGAGCGUCGGCCAGCACAAGGUGAGCACGAGCGAGCCGUGCGACAAGAACGAGUACCGCAAGGUGAAGAUGAAGAUGCCGCUCAAGUACGAGUUUAAGAACAACAGCAAAAACUUCAAGGUAGAGCCGGAGCUGGAGCCAACCGAGCGCGAGGUGGAGCCGGCGGUGCCCGCGAGCAGCGAACCGGUGGUGGUGGGGGCGAGCAUGCGGGAAGUAACGCCCGCCACCAGCACCGUGAUCGUGCUCGACACGACACCGGAGUCGUCGGUGGUAGUGCCGCUCACCAAGAGCUACUACGAAGCCGAACCGACCUCGACCUCGCCCGCGACCUUCAUCCGCUACACGCCGCCCAGCUCGAGCUCGAUCCUGGAAACCAUCCUGACCGGCAGCCAGCGCGCGUCCCCGUCGGCGGACGAUCCGCACCGGCGGCAGCCGAACGCGACCCCGCCCCCGACCUCCCCGACCGAGAUGGCCUACUCGUACAAGAAGUCGCAGCGGUACGGGACGGCCUGCAGCCCCGACUCGAGCUCGCAGAACCCGCAGGCCCCCGAACCGGCCGAACCGGGCCACGGGCCGAACCGAUCUCAGCCGCACCAUCACGGCGCCGCCGGUCCCGAGCCGAAGGAGGCGGACCACGCGGACCAGCACCAUCUGCAUCAUCAUCUGCAUCAUCUGCACCAUCACCACAACCACCACCAUCAUCUGCAGGCGCACCAUCACCCGCACCAUCAUCUGCAGCAGCCGCAUCAGCAACCGCACCAGAGCGGCUACCAUCACGAGCGGCUGCACGAGUCGCGGGAGGAGCCGACGGCCGCCGCCUCUCCCUCGCCCUCGCCCAUCGUGUACCCGGGCGAGCACCAUCCGCACCUGCACCAUCCCCAUCACCAUCUGCCGCCGCACCAUCACCACCGAACGCACUCGCCGGUGGCGUACGAGUCCCCGGUACCGAGCUACACCGCCACCAGCAGCAGCGGCAGCCUCUACUCCACCUCGAACGGGUCGGCUAGUGUGAUCAACAGCGCUUCCAGCUCCACCUACAGCCCGCCGCUGAACGGUGGCCACUACGAGAGACUGACGACCUCGUCGACCACGACAACCAUCCGCUCGGUGUCGCCGCCGCCGCCACCACCAACGCAACCGGCGCCGGCCCCAGGCUACGUGCAGCUCCAGUCGAAGGGGCAGCUACCGCUGGGCCACCCGCUAAUGCAGCCCCUAACACCGCUCACGCACAUGUCCCCGGGGCGUAUCUCGCCCCCGAGCAGCCUCAGCCCGGACGGUGGUUCGUACUCGCGCAGCGGCAGUCCCAUGUCCCCGGGCAGCCCGAACUCGCGCGGCUACCGCAGCCUGCCGUACCCGCUGCGCAAGCGCGACGGCAAGAUGCACUACGAGUGUAACGUGUGCAGCAAAACGUUCGGCCAGCUGUCCAACCUGAAGGUGCACCUGCGGACGCACUCGGGCGAGCGGCCGUUCAAGUGCAACGUCUGCACGAAAUCCUUCACCCAGCUCGCCCAUCUGCAGAAGCACCAUCUGGUGCAUACGGGCGAAAAGCCGCACCAGUGCGACAUCUGCAAGAAGCGGUUCAGCUCGACCUCGAACCUGAAGACGCACCUGCGGCUGCACAGCGGCCAGAAGCCGUACGCGUGCGACCUGUGCCCGCAGAAGUUCACCCAGUUCGUGCACCUGAAGCUGCACAAGCGGCUGCACACGAACGACCGGCCGUACGUGUGCCAGGGCUGUGAUAAGAAGUACAUCAGUGCGUCUGGGCUGCGCACGCACUGGAAGACGACCAGCUGCAAGCCGAACAAUCUCGAGGAGGAGCUAGCGAUGGCGGCGGCCGCCACCUCGGAGUGUUUGGAUAAGGACGGCCAGCCCGACGGGGAAGGUGGCCGCGAGUUCUACGAAAUGUCUCACCACGGUUCGCCGGGCGCCGUUGUCGUACAGCAGACGGCGGCCGCACUGUCACCAGCGUCGCACCACCAGCAUCACCAGCACGCCGGCCAUCACCACGGUACCGAGCAGGUCAUACACAAGGUGUCGGCCGGGAAGAUCCAGCAGCAGCAGCACCAGGGACCGUCCCCGCCGAACAGCAGCAACAACAACAGUCCCAACAGUACCAACCACAAUCUAGCGCCGUCGCCGCACCUACACUACGGUGGCCAUUUGGUGCAGUCGGGUGGCGGUGGGAAUGGUACGGCGAGCGGUGGCCCCGGCCCGGCCCAAAGCCAGCACGAACCGGCCAACCGGCCGAGCGUGAUCGAGUCGAGCCAGCCGAUGGUGAUCGAGUGCACGUAGCCGGGCGUUAUACGCCACGCAGCCGGACCGUAGCAGCAGCUGCUCCGUUCAUGAGUGAGUGAUCGAGUGAUUUGGGGUAAACAAAAGGGACACUUCUGUCGAACAAACAAAAGAGGGGAAAGAAGGAUAACAGGUCUCCGCACUCCGGUCUAUAUUUAUUGCCCUUGCGAGCGCAGAAGGAAGCGUAGCUUGUUUGUUUGUUUUUUUAAAUAUUAUACUAAUGAUCAUCACUCGCAACACUGGCGGUAUACUAUUAAGCUGUUAGGGUGUACUAAUUAAGUGGUCUUAAGCAACAAACCCCCGCCCGCACUGUAACUUAUUCCCGCUAGGCAAGAAGAUCUGUAAAUAAUGGCUGUAAUCCUGCAAGAGGAAGUGGCACCGAAUGGUGGGGGGGGGGAGGAGAAACAAAUGUUCGACCUCCCUUGGGGGAAGUUAACACGCACGCACCCUAGGUUCGAAUUUGUGAUCAAAAUUGUUUUCUUCCCGCUGAGGGUAAACUGUUUGUUUUCUGUGUUGCGUGAGGCGACAUUAGCACGUAAGGAACGGUGAUCGUUUUGUGGCUGCGGUGCAAACGCAAAUUUGCUGGCUGAUACGGCGGCUAGGAUUACGGCAACAUUUAGUAAACGAAACGCAUCAAAGAUCAAAAUUGAAGUCUGAUAGCAAUUAGGGAUAUUUAGGUUGUUUGCUCGUUUCAUAUUUGCUCGAUAUUUUCCUGCCACAAGUGUGUGUGGAGAGGAGAGGCCCAAACCAACCAGACUGACUGAUAGUUUUCCUAUGUGGGCUCGGGAGGAGGGCUGCACCGAGCGAUGGAAUGCAACCAGCGAGAGAGAGAGAGAGAGAGAGAGAGAGAGAGAGAGAGAGAGAGCGUGUUGUAACAUACAUUUGACCUGUGACCAGUGUUUGUUGCAGUCCGUUGCAUGUUCCGUUUACAUGUUGUUUGGUGUAUAUUCGUUCCCGGAAGGAAAACAGACUAGGUCUUAAGUGAGGGGAAGAGGGAGUUUAGUAGCAUAUACGAGAUAAGAAAGGGAUAGGAAGCAGAUGUUUAAAUCUAAGCAAACCUUACAAGUAAAUACCUAAACAAACAAUACAUAAAACACAACAAACAUCAGACGAAAAACACACACAUACAUAACAGAAAACACAACAACAACAGAAAACACAGAGAAGGAGGUAGGAGAUGUGAGAGUGUAAUUGAAAAUUACGAUUCACAACUUAGCUGAAGAUCGGUGCUUUUUCAAUACCAGCGCAUACCCGGAUGGAGGUUUCCUCUGCGGAUCGCGGUACUAAUACUAUUACUCAGAGUUAAGAUUUAGAAUAAUAUAUAAAAGAACGUAUAUCAAGCAGAUGAUAAAAAAAAGAACGAGAAACGAAAACAAACAACACAAAUUUAUGUAUUAAACUUUCUGGGAGAUUAAGACAAGAGAGCGAAGAAAGAACGAUGAGAGAGAGAGAAAGAGAAGGGGGAGAGUGUGUGUAAGAGGAAUGAAAAAGAAAUGAUACGAAUUAGAAAAUAAUACGUACGCUGGUGCUAAAAUUGGGAAGGAUAAAGAAGGAGGCAAGAGUCAAGACAUUUAUGUUAUUGCUAAAAGCAGUUCUGAAAAAAACAGUUUAAAAAUAAACAAUAGAACGCAGCAGAAAUGCAAACAAAUGAUAUCAAGUAGCAAACAAGUGAAGUUUAUACAAGUGAAACAAAA